AUGGAUGCAGUCGGACUCGUAGGUGACCAACAGUCACAGCCCUUUGUGCUGGAUGAUGACUGCAGCCAAUUCUACCGGACUGGCGGCUACUGGCUCAUGGCUACUCAACCAAUGAAUGGCCUGUUUCCAAUCAGUCGCAUUGGUGGAAUCGCAUUUGAUCCCUGCGAGGAGCUUACCUGGUGUGUCACUCGAACGGUAAGCCCCCCCAUCCCUCCCUCCCUCCCUCCCCCUCCUCUCCAGCUAAAUGGUUUUCGAUUUAAUGAAGCUGGGGGGUGGUAG